UAUAUUUAAUUUCUCCGAGUGUAACAUGUGUCGUAUAUGUCACGAGGACGGCAGUAUGGAGAAGCUUGUGUCACCGUGUCAUUGUGCCGGAACCAUGGGUAUGCUACACGUAUCAUGUCUAGAGAGAUGGCUCGGAUCUUCAAAUACAACAAAGUGUGAAAUCUGUCAGUUCCAGUUUAUCGUACAGAAAAAACCUCGACCAUUAAAAUGGUACAUGCAGGAACCGACGUUGAAAGAAGACAGACUGUUGAUAGUGAAGGAUAUAGUGAUACUGGUUACCCUCGCAGGUCUUGUCCUUGCUGUUGCUGUACUAUGUCUUGUGUUUGCUAAACGUUUGACAGAUGAGCACAAGCCGGGGCCAGCAGCAGUUCUAAUUAUUUUGACCGUCUGCUCCGUCAUGCUGUACGCUAUAUGGAUGUUUGUGGCUGUAAGACGUAUGAGGAGACGUGUACACCUGUGGCAUGUAGAACAUCACAUUAUUCAGAUCAAGCAGAAAAACAGUUGUCCUGGUGAUACUAGCAAUAAAAUCUUCAGAAGAUUUCCGGUGAAGUUGCCGUCAGCUAGACAAAAGACACCAAUUUCAAAAAAGAAGAAAUGUAACAACAAUAAUUUAGUGUCUACGUCAUUUAUCGGCUGCUCUUUGGAGUCAUAUAAAGCUGCCAUGUUUAAUCCUGUCACACCCACAGAACCAUUACUUCAAGAUGACAAUAACAAUGAUAUUACCACCCUUAAUGAAACCAGCCCAUCAGUGGUCUCCCUUGAUGAAAUUAUUGACGAGUGUUUGAGUUACUAUCAGCCACCGGAAUGUGGAACUACGUCAGUUUUAUUAAACAAUGAUUCAAGUCAAAUUGUUAGAGAAACUGGUGUUUAAACUUGAUUAUUAUCAAUUUCAGAUGGACUUUUAUAUAAGGAACCCUUAUAAAUUCUGUUUGAGACUAAUUCCUUUGACUCGAAUUGAAGUUUAUAAAGCUUGCCGCAAUCUGAUUGGUCAGGAACUGUUAAUUAAGUGACUUAUUUUGUAAGUAUUUACUCGACUAUUUGAUGACUAGUUCAUCUAUCGUUGUCAGUAAAACACAUAGUUUAUUUGCUAACAUUAUCCAUCAUCUAUUACAAUAGAAACCUCACACAAGCUUUUUGGUUUAUAAUUGGAGGUGACUUGUUAAUCUAGCAUGGAUUUUUUGGUGAAUUUUACAUGUGAAAUGUAUGGUCAGAUUUUAUAACCAAAGAAGAUAUUGACUACAUGAUUGCUUUUUUUUGGUCAUAAUAAAUUUUGUUUGUCAAUAUCUCAGAUCUUUCACUCUAGUAUUAAAUUUAACUGAUUUGUCAAUCUUUGUAAACUUGAGUUAUUUAAUGUUGGUGCUCAGCCUGUUUUAUUGUCCAGUAACUUGGAGAUAAUGUCAUGUGACCAGCAACAAGAGAUUAGUAUCUAGUU